AUGGCUGUGGCAGACAGCCAGUACCUGUUUCGCCUUAUUGAUGUGGGCGCACCUGGGAGGUUUAGUGAUGGUCGAAUUUUCAAAGAUUCCCCCAUUGGCAAACGACUGCACGAGGGCAAGCUCAAUCUGCCUCGGGCAGCUAAGCUACCAGGCUCCGAGAGAGUUUGCCCUCAUGUGUUUGUUGGCGAUGAAGCCUUCCAGCUGCGCCCCGACUUCAUGCGGCCACUACCGGGCACCCGGACUAAAGCUGAGGAGAUCAUCUUCAACUACCGCCUCAGUCGUGCCAGACGAUGUGUAGAGAACGCCUUCGGGAUUCUCGUUUCCCGCUGGCGGAUCUACGAGAGGCAGAUGAACCUGCAGCCGGAAAAUGUGGAGAGUGUUGUGAAGGCUACCUGCGUGCUUCAUAACUUCUUAUCCGUUACGUCCAGCGCUUCAGCGACCUACUGCCCACCUGGAUAUGGAGAUUGCCAGGACAUGUUCGGGUGUGUCCGUGACGGCACUUGGCGACAAGAGGCGGCAACUGCUGCUGUGUUCGGUUUGCAGGGAGCAAAGGCCCGCAACUGCACAAAUGCUGCUAAUUCGGUGCGCAAGCAGUUCAUCGAGUACUUCAAGAACGAAGGGCAGGUGUCUUGGCAGUGGGACCUGCCAGGGGUGACUAGCUUGUAG